CGACAGUGAGUGGAGCGUGCGGAGCAGAUUUUUAGUGUUAAGUAAUUUAUAGUUCACAUAAAUAAAACAAAAUGAGGGAAAUCGUACAUAUCCAAGCUGGUCAAUGCGGCAACCAGAUCGGAGCUAAGUUCUGGGAGAUCAUCUCCGACGAGCACGGCAUCGACCCCACCGGUGCCUACCAUGGGGACUCUGACUUGCAGUUGGAGCGCAUCAAUGUAUACUACAAUGAAGCCUCCGGCGGCAAGUACGUGCCCCGCGCCAUCCUCGUCGACUUGGAGCCCGGCACCAUGGACUCUGUCCGCUCUGGACCUUUCGGACAGAUCUUCCGUCCGGACAACUUCGUCUUCGGACAGUCCGGCGCCGGCAACAACUGGGCCAAGGGACACUACACGGAGGGUGCUGAGCUCGUCGAUUCAGUUUUAGACGUCGUUCGAAAGGAAGCGGAAUCGUGUGAUUGCCUCCAGGGAUUCCAACUGACACACUCGCUCGGCGGCGGCACCGGUUCCGGUAUGGGCACCCUCCUCAUCUCCAAAAUCAGAGAAGAGUACCCUGACAGAAUAAUGAACACAUAUUCAGUUGUACCAUCACCUAAAGUGUCGGACACAGUAGUAGAACCGUACAACGCCACACUUUCAGUUCAUCAAUUAGUUGAAAACACAGACGAAACCUACUGUAUCGACAACGAGGCUCUCUACGAUAUCUGCUUCCGCACGCUAAAACUAUCCACACCCACAUACGGCGACCUGAACCACCUGGUGUCGCUGACCAUGUCCGGCGUGACGACGUGCCUGCGGUUCCCCGGACAGCUGAACGCCGACCUGCGCAAGCUGGCGGUCAACAUGGUGCCCUUCCCGCGUCUGCACUUCUUCAUGCCCGGCUUCGCGCCGCUGACGUCACGCGGCAGCCAGCAGUACCGCGCGCUCACCGUGCCGGAGCUCACGCAGCAGAUGUUCGACGCCAAGAACAUGAUGGCCGCCUGCGACCCGCGCCACGGCCGCUACCUCACCGUCGCCGCCAUCUUCCGCGGCCGCAUGUCCAUGAAGGAGGUCGACGAACAGAUGCUUAACAUCCAGAACAAGAACUCCUCAUACUUCGUGGAAUGGAUCCCCAACAACGUGAAGACCGCCGUGUGCGACAUUCCCCCUCGUGGUCUCAAGAUGGCCGCCACCUUCAUCGGUAACUCCACCGCCAUCCAGGAGCUGUUCAAGCGCAUCUCGGAACAGUUUACCGCUAUGUUCAGGCGCAAGGCUUUCUUGCAUUGGUACACCGGCGAGGGCAUGGACGAGAUGGAGUUCACCGAGGCUGAGAGCAACAUGAACGACCUUGUCUCCGAGUACCAACAGUACCAGGAGGCCACCGCCGACGAGGACGCAGAGUUUGACGAGGAGCAGGAGCAGGAGAUCGAGGACAACUAAGUCCUUUCACUAGACGCUCUCGUCUCUAUAUUAAAUAACCCCCUUUCCAUCUCUCGCCUUUCGAGAGAUCCACAAUACUUUUGCUUUUCGUAUUUAUAUAGUAACUUCAAUAGUUUCAGACUCCAACAUGCAUGAUAAAAUAACCUAGGAAGUACACGUUAUGUCGCGGUAACAGGUUGUGUUUACAUUCCCGGUGUUUUUCCUUGACUACGAAGGGCAGCUCUGGAAUGUUUAUUGCAGUAAACAGCUACCCUCAACGACGCGAGCCCUUCAGCUGAGCAUGCGCGCGGUGCUGUGACACUAUCACACAAAGGGAAAAGAUCUUUUUUUUUAUAAGGCUGAACUUGAUUUUAAUAUCUAAGAUGUAAUUUUAGUUCUUCGUUUUGUAACCAGUGUGAUGAGUUGUUGGCUUUUUCUAAUGAAAGCUAAUUUAUAUCGUACAACUUUUUUUUUUCGAGGUCGAUCAAAGUUUUUGAUUAUAUUCCAUCUGAUAAUAAAACUACAUUGAAA